GGCAGUCAGGAAGCAGGGCAGGCAGCGGGCAGGUUAGGCAGGGUGGGAAGCGAGGGGCAGGCAGUCUCUGCCCGGCGUCGCAUCCCCGCCUGGCCGCUCGUGAGGGGGAAGGGCCAGGCGAAGCCCCGGGGCUAUCAGGGCACUGCGCUAUCCCGGGCCCCGAGGCUCCGGCGGCGGCCCGGCUGCGCCAGCUCCGAGUGGCCCCUCCUCUCGCUCCGCUGCCCCUCCUCCCCCGCCCCGCGGGUGUCGCGGAGGGGCCGCGGGGCGGGCGCCCGGCGGGGCUCCACGGGAUGGGCCGUGCCGCGCUGCUCCCCGCGGCCCGGCCCCGGUGGAGGGCGGGCGGCUGCGGGUGCGGUGCACCUGCCGGGCGGCUCGGUGCGGCGGGGCUCGGCGGCGCUCGGCGGGGCCAUGCCGGCCGCCACCACACCCGGGCUGGACGCGCCGCGCACCUCCGCGCUCGGGCGGGACAGCGGCGGCCCCCGCGGAUACACAGGGCAGUGCAGCCGCCUCCUCUCGCCGCAGCUCGGCUCACUGCAGGUCCUUCACGGCAACGGCACCGAUGUGGGAACAGUGGUCACGUUCCAGUGCUCCGCCGAGCACCAGCUGGAGGGAGCGGGCAUCGUCACCUGCGUUUGGAAAGGGAACAGCACGCAGUGGACAGCCGGAGUGCCCUCCUGCAAGCGUAAGCCAUAUCAAAAUACGAGACUUUUGGCUUUAAGGUCGCAGUGAUUGCCUCCAUUGUGAGCUGUGCUGUCAUUCUGCUGAUGUCCAUGGCCUUCUUAACUUGCUGUCUGAUCAAGUGUGUGAAGAAAAGUGAGAGA